AACAUUUGCAGUUACAGAAAAUAACAUAAAAAAUCAUCAACUCAACUCAAAAUGAGUUGCAGUUUCACUUGAAUAAAUUCAAAAAUAUGGAGCAUUCGUCUUCUUCAUCAGUGUCAAGCUUAAGCUUAAAGUUAAAACCUCCUCCUUCAUUAAUGACCAGUAACCUUAAUGCUAACUCUUACUGGAGGAAGAGGAAGAAGGGAAGGAAUUGCUUGCUUCAAGCCUCUGCAAUUUCUUACCAGAAAUUCAUUCACUUUGCUCUCAUUGAAACCAAACGCCAUUCUCUUUUGCUCCCCUCUCCCCUCCAGGAAAGAUAUGGUUCUAUGAUUGCAUUGGAUGGCAAAACGAGGCUUGAAAUGCUAUCAUUUGAGGCUCCUAGAAUCAGACUACUUCGAAGUAUAAGCAUUGAGGGUGAAGCUAUGCAGGUAUUGGAUUUUGCUGCCUUUCCAAAACCAGAAUUUGAUCUACCCAUAUUCUGUGGCAACUUCUUCACUGCUGCCAAUACAAACAUAGUCGUGCUGGACCUGAACCCUUUGCAUGAUGUCAGUAGUCGAAGAGGCUAUAAGGAAAGGUACUAUGACAGCUUAAUGCCUUUAGGUCUCAAGUAUACUGAGCUUUUACCUUGGGGGGGAAAGCUUACAAGUGAAUCUAUAAAGUUUUUCUCACCAAUAGUGAUAUGGACCAAGUUUUCUUCAAGCAAAUCCAAACAUGAAGUUCUAUAUUCUGCAUUCAUGGAAUACUACAAGACAUGGAUGGAGCUAACGGAGCAAGCAGUGGAGGAUACUGAUCCAUCUCAAAUUAGGUGCAAUCGUGAAGCACAGCAUAGAUAUCUAACAUGGAGAGCAGAAAAGGAUCCUGGUCAUGGAGUUCUAAAAAGGUUAAUUGGUGAGAAGCUUGCCAAGGAUUUAUUGAGAAACUUCCUUUUCAGUGGCAUUGAUGAGCUAGGAAGCAAAACAUUCCUUGAUUACUUUCCUGAGUACCGGAGUGAGGAUGGGGCUAUAAAUGAGAGGCGAAGCAUCAUUGGGAAGUCCUUUGAAACUCGCCCUUGGGAUGCUAAAGGAGAAUUUGUUGGUAAUGACUUGAGAAAAUAACUUGUUACUGUGGAUUUCUUUCAGCUCCUAGUUUUCCUGUUUCUAUCUUCUCUUGCGUGCUUGUCUUUUGUAUUGUUUUAAUGUUCCAAUCAUUUUGUCUUAAGAGUUGUUUCAACCUUUCUAAGGAAUUGUUCUAUGUUAUAGUCAUUUUCAGAGUAUUUAAAAGAGAAUGGCUGUAUUCAGCCUAAUUAUUUUUGUAAAAUGGUUAUCAAAGUUUUGUUUUGUAUUCAUAAUUUUA